GUGCAAUUUGGUCACACUUUGAGGUCUAUGACAUCAGUUUUUAGCUGUGCUGUCCAAUUUGUUAUUUAAAAGCAAAUAAAAGCUAUUUGCAAUAGUUUAUGCCAAACGAAUAACAAUCCACAAAUUCGAAACGUGCGCUAAACAAAAGACUCGCAGUGCCCAACAUAAUGGCCGAUCCGAAAUUUCAAAACUUGCCCGGCAUUGCUUAUGACCAACCGGAUGUAUAUGAGACUGCCGAUGAUCCAGAGGUGGACACCUCGGACUAUUACGAGGAGGAGCCGGAGAAUGAGGCGAUUGAGCGGAUGCACAUCUCGCCGAGCGUUGCCCACAAACGCUUCAGCAGCGCAACUCUGGAGGGGAAUGUGGAUUUCACGGAUCGUAUUGGGCGCCGACUGUGCCGUGGCUACGAUGUGCGUGGCGGAGAGUACGUGUUGGUGGGUCAGGGCGAAAGGGAGACGCCUAUGCAAAAGUGUCAGCGUUUGCAGAUCGAAAUGAAUGAACUACUCAAUGAAGUGGCCGCAUUGCAAGUAGAUCGCAAGAUUGCCGAUGAAGAGAAGCAAUCGUAUGAUGCCGUUGCCACUGUGAUCAGCACAGCAAAGCGUGUCUUGGACACACUAAAGCUGGAGCAAGUGCUAGGCAAGGAGCAGAUGCCAAAUGAUAAACAAGUCAAGGCACUUGUUGCCCAAGUGGAGGAAUUUAAGCAAUCUGGUGUGCUGACAGCGCUACCAACUCCAGGCACUGAUCUCGCUGCCACAGCGCGCGUGGCACAACUCGAACAGCGUCUGCAUCAGUUGGAGCAGGCAGUGGGAGCCCAACCUGAGAAAUUGAGUCGCCUCACAGCGAUCACAAAUACGUCCAAUGUGCUCGAAGCUGUGCGACAUCUGAGCACCAAGGCGGCACUGCUCCAACCGGAUAAACUGGAUGCCAUCGAGCAGCGUCUCUCCUCGUUGACUGGGAAAAUGGAUGCCAUUGCGGAGAAGGCCAGUGGCAGUGCACAGGAUGCGAAGCGGGAUCAAAAGAUCUCCGAGCUCUACGAUAUUGCUAAACGCACCGAGCCAGUUGUCGAAAUAUUGCCGCAUGUCAUUGAACGCAUGCAGGCUCUGGAAUCCUUGCAUAAAUAUGCAAAUAAUUUUGCCAAAAUCAUCGCGGAAAUUGAGCAGAAACAGGGCACUAUCACCACUAGCCUUGUUAACAAUAAAGAACUUUUGCAUUCUGUACAGGAGACUUUUGCCCAGAAUCUAGAGACGAUCAACUCAAAGGUGGCUAAAGUGGAUCAACGUGUUACGGCAAUUACAAGCGCUAAAUAAUUAAUUUGCUCACCAUUUCAUCUGAUAUAUCUAGCAUUCUAAUCAUUAUACGUGAAUAUAUAUAUAUAUUUAUUUAUAUUAAUACGGCUGCUGAAAUAAAUUCUGAAGCUUUUACGCACAAGAUUAAUACUAAA